CACGAUCCUUUCAUCGGUUUUUAUCCAUCCUUCUGUGCUUGAACAGCUCUGCGAAUUGCACGAUGAUUUGUCGUAGCAAUAUGUUACCCUUCCGGAUGUGGAAGGUUUCUUUCUUCCUUCUCGUGCUUUAUUGUUUCCAUGUCUCGGCUAUGUUUGCUUCCCGACGGGUGUCCCCCGAUGCAAGCAUUCCUGAUGUCUUCUUUUAUAAUUAUACCGUUCCCAUUCCUGGCCUCUCCAAGACGGUUACCGAUGUAACAUGCUUACUUACCAUACCAAAGCUGAGCUACAAACUGACAAGACUUGGAAAAGCAUACACGGACUCAAAAUUGGGUCGUGCGGUGGUGUGCACAAUGAUGGAUGCUCAAGAAACGUCGCUUACACUUGCAGGGUUGGAUGUGAAGUCUCCAACUGGAGCACCCCUGUUGAGUAAGCCAGUUGAUGUCUGGUACGGCUCUCCUGUUCGAGCGACACGAAUAUGCAACGGAUAUGGGCUGCAAGCCAUGCAAGGUGGAAUUGACGAUUUCUCCGAUAUAUCGAUGACCGCGCCUGGCGCUGAUAGCACAAAAUUCUGUAAGGAUACCGCAAAUGCGCGCAAAACCUAUGGCGCGGAAGGAUGGACAGCCAUCAAUCGAUAUUUCAAGAGUAGCGAUACAGCCGUUUCGUCCAAGACCCAGGCGAGAUUUCUCGACUGUUACGGUUUAUGUGGAUCUUCCCCUUAUGUGAAGAGAUAUCGCAACAAGCGAUGCCAGCGUUUGGCCCUAAACUUUCCAAUUCCGUUUAUUGCAAAUGAAGUCCCCAUAAACCUUUACUCCGGAUCGGUCGCCCCAUUAUCGUCAACAAUGGACAGUACCACCGCACCAUGGUCGAUUCAACAAGCUUGUGGGAUGGACGCAAGGACGGGAAGGUUGACGGCGAAUUGUUUGAAUGUACAACAACCCUAUUCGGUUCUUUCUCCUUUCUUUCAAAGGACAACGACCGUAGGAACAGAUAUUGUGUUAAACUUGUUUGAUUCCGGCGACAAUCCAGCCACAAUAUUUGACGAUUUGGCCGGAUUCUACGCUAUGAGCGCAACUGGUACUGUUAAUCUUUAUGUCGACAAUACCAUCAACCGCAUUACCCCUGGAACCGCCUUUGCGACAUCCCUUGACGCCAUUUUUCUAUAUAAUAAACAAAUCACAAAUGUUAACGUCAUAAUGCAAUCGUCGGGUAAUACUUCAAUCGAUACGACUCGUUGUGAUGCGUUCAACAGCAUGUUGGAAACGUACUUGCCCGUCGCGAGUUUGAAGAGCUGCGGAACCGGAAGGUCAAGUUUGCCUGCUUGGAGUUGUAAGGUUGUCGAUACUUCGACGGGACAAAUGAUAACGGCAUCGAUGUUUAAGCCAGCAAGGCUGGUGACUACAAAUGUAGUGGGUAGCGGGAACCUUUACGAAAUUGUGGACUACAGAAACAUAACUGUAACAAUCGGCUCUCGUACAUCCACACAAUAUGCAAAUCCAUCCUCAGGCUACGAGUAUCGCUUUACUGAGCCGUGCGCUCCCGGGGAAAGCUUGAUUGUCAACAUACCCUACCCGGCCCUCUUACUCCAAAAUGCAAGCACGUCUCUUGCGCGCACCGCAAUCAAGCCGUCAUCCCAACCUCCUACUUUGACCGUACUUCCGAGCAUCACAUAUAAAGAACUCGUCAGCGACAGUGCGAAAGAUGCUGGGGUAUUGGUGGGCACAGUUGAAACCACCGACCAAGGCAUGUUGAUAGCAUUUGAAUUGAAUGACCGAGGGUUUAUCGGCGAGACCAGUGUGAAAUUACAACUGCCCUACAGUGUUGUUUAUGGGACGGGACCCAAAACGGUGAAUGCAUCGACUACCACCGAAUUCACACUGACCUGCGGAGUGCUACCAAAACAUAAUAUCCAGGAUAUUUCUGAGAAAGCAGAUUCUCUACGCACCACCUUUCAUGAAAUUCGAAAUCGUAGCGACACAUUAAAAUCUGUGGAAUUUGAUGUAACUACACACAGAGUUCAAGGUCUAAGUGCCUCCCCAGCUCCCACGAAGCUCGGAACAAUGCAAUUCCUGGCUGCAUCAUCUUUGUUCACUAUCUUUCAAGACCUCCCACCAAAUUCUCUAACCCUGCCAUCAAGCGCUCUGGAACAAAAUUCCAUCCGUCGCCACACCCUCGUCUAUCCAUCUGAAUUGACCUCUGCGGUCAAUCUUCAAGUCACUUCACUGGACAGCUUGAUCUCCGGACUCGGACUAUUGCAGAGAGUUGGAGAUUUAAGAACCAAGGGUAUCGAGAGCCAAUUUCGAUGGUUUGCCGAACAGAUGGGAAGCAAAAUCGACAAGCAAAGUGUGUCGAGCAUUGAAUUACCGGCUGUAUGGACUGUGAAGAUGGAUGUUGGAAUGCUUGCUAUUAUCUCUCUUCAAUGGUCCCUAACGACUGGCAUCACAACAGAUGUACAUCCUACCGAGUUCAUGCUUCUUGUGGGCUUGAUCGAAUGGAUCCGUCUUGUGUAUGGUUGUCCGGUCAUCGUCGUUGGUGAUUUCCAGGACGAAUUUCGUUGGCUCGCUUCACCAACUGGUUUCAAAGGUCCCGGAACUGCUUUUGGAACAUCAUGGUUAAAGAAUCUGUUUCAAUACGCUGUUAAUGGCGUAGAGUUGGAUUUGAAUGUUGUUGGGAACCUUUGGCCAUUACGUACGACAUACACUGCACAAAUGAUUCGCAGCAGAACUGCCACAAGACCGGCAUCCGGAAAUUGGUUUGAUCAUGUCUGGCUCCCCUUUUCUCCGAUAGCGAGCAAAGUAAAGCCACAAGUUGUCAAUCGACUGAACGUAAACAUGGUUGUAAACGGGAGCAUGGUCGACGCAGCAGCGAGGGCCUUAGGGAACUGUUCUAUUGGCCCAGAGGCUUCUUCCAGCCGAGAAUUCUCCAACCACAUGCCUAUAGUUUACGACAUAGCGUGGAACACUGGGUCAGCGCCUAGCCCCUCGUUCUCACUCGUGUCCCUGAACAUGGCCUUCUUCGAUGUGACUGGUUCAACCCGACUGGACUAUUUACGCCCAUAUAAAUUCGGUGCCGACUACGAAACUUUGAGCGGAAAUGGAUUCACGGGAGACCUGCUCUGGACCAAGCUCACCAAUCGUCUUAAAGCAUAUCUCGCAAAUUUUGACCUAGUAGCCACGCAGUCAGAAAGCGAACUGGUUCGCGUUAAAGCUGCCAAACCCUUCAUCAGUGGAUUCGAGUACUCGAACAAGGAUGUAAAUUACAAAGGUGUAUACAUCAGAAAGAAGGAAGCAAAAGUCCAGAGUGGUGGAACAUCUACAUGUUCUGUUAUCAACUAUAGUUGGGAUGGCUCUGCCACAGUGACUACCACAGUGGACGCCGACCCCGACAACGUCGAGGAAAUGAUUGCGGCUGCUCGCGAUGGGGCAUCCACUCCGACCAACACCAACCCUACACUUCUCGCAUGCGGCUUCUGGGCAUUAUCCAAACCUGGCACAACAAGCUCGUCGGACCGUCCAUUUAUUUUGAUCAAUGUACAUGAUCGACCCGGUUACUUUGCACUAAGUCGCGACGGAAAUUUGGCCAUUGAUUCAAGGUCAACCACGGUGCUGCGCCAGGCGUUAUAUGCUAUUUGUUUGUCGCUUAAGGCUCAGAGUGGGCGAGGUGGGUUGGAUUGUGGGGUCAGCGACAAUGUUGAGCAGAAGAUUUCAAUGUUCUUUGUGGGAGACUGGAACAAUCAGGAUUUUUCACGCGCUGUUCCCAAGCCAAACACCACAGAUUGGAGAACACAAAUGGAAAACACAUUUAAGACAAGAACUGCUAAAUUCGAAGCUGCCAUAGCCAAGCAAAUGAAUCUGCAGUGUCCCCUUGCGAAAGUGUUUAUUCCGGGAGACACGAACAGUCGCGGAUCCAACAAUCUGAACUGUGACAAUUUUGAACAACGUGUUCCCUACGCAACUACUGCGAAAGGACAGUUUUACGAUUUUUUGUUCUAUUGCGGCCCAAACACCAUUACAAUCCUUGACAGCAAAAUCGACAGUAACUUAGGAUACUGGGGCGGGAACGCCUGCAACACUUCUGGACUUGACCCCUUACAGGCGGAUAAUUGUGCAAGUACGGACGUUCCUGGUGAGCUAGAUGGAAUCAGCGACCAUCGGGCUGUGAGGAUUAAGAUCGGGGAUGAAAUGGCCGGGGCAGAGGUGGAACCGGUGCAGCCCACUAUUGGUGAUCCCGGUCAAAGUGCACAAGAAGGGACUUCAACGUCUUCUCAUGUUGAGUCUCAAACUGCAACUCCCACUGAUGAUGUUAGUACAUCAGGCGAUAGUGUAACAGAUAUAUCAAGUGUUACGCAGAUGCCAACAGAGACGCCGACCGAAAUACCGACUGAGACGCCAACAGGGUCACCGAUAGAGACGUCAAUUAGCGCCUCCGCUUGAUCUCAAAUAGAACAACUUUACAAUGCGCCUGAGAUGGUUUCUAGCAAUGAAUUUCAUUUUGUUCAAACCGA